AUGGCGAGAGGCGCAACUCUGAAUCCCACUUCGACGCCCUUCUUCCCUGGCAAUAUGCGAAACAAUGAAGAGGAUGGGGCCACUGGGUUCGUAUUUGGGGUUCCCACACUUCGGGAACAGGAUGGAGCGUCUGUGUCCUCUCAAUCAGCCUGUUCCGCUGAUCGCAGGUCUUUGAAGUCGUCCCCAAGUCCACCCCGAUUACUGGAGCACACUGGAGCGCCCGAUAGUCUCCCAGACGCCCGCUUCCAGCUUUUGCCCCCACACGGGGAUAGGCCUCCAUAUCUCCAUCAGGUUGAGUCUGAGAGGCAGCAUGCGUUUCGUGCGCGAGACAUGAGUAAGGUUGGCAGCUUAGAGUCUCUACCAGAAGCAGAUGAUACCCCCAAUCCAAAUACCCAUGACGAAAGCAUGUACACCCUGGGCGAUUCGUCUCCAUUUAUCUCGGCUCUUGUGCAACAAUCUCGGAAUCGCAAUGUAACACCUCCGGUCAACAUUAUGAACAACUCAUUACGCUCUUCAUCAUUCAACAUCAGUGGACCAUUCCCCUCAUCGUCUCCGGUCUCAUCUUUGGACUCCGGCAGUCAACUUGCCUCCAGUACCGAUUUUCAUCAUAAUCUGGAGGCACAACUCAAAGCUUCUCCAAUCAUACGUGACCUAUUAGACCGGCUUCAGCGUUGCGAGUAUAACACGCGCGAAAUCCAGCGCGAUAUCAGCGACAUACACCGCAAAGUCAACAUCCUCAUUGAGAGGACCCUUAGCAGUGCCACCUCUUUCAAUAGCGCUCAGCCUGAAUUCAAGGAUCCUUUCGCACCUGCUUCUGGCAUGUCGACACCCGCAGUCAAUAUCGCGCGGGCUUCAUUUAGUGCAAACAUUGCACCAAAUCAAUCGCCUCCUGCGGAUGAUAUUACACAGAUAUCUCAACGCCUGAACACGUUGACCACUUCCGUUGGGCAAUUGCUGGCUCUUCAAACACAGCAGCAUAUUCAAAAUGCUACCACAGGCCUUCUUCCUGCCCAGAUGGGACGAUCUACCCCACAGAUGCAGGACAUGGCCUCGAACCAAGCCUUUCCCCAUGGCAUGGGGUCUAACCCCGCUGCCCUUGGUCAUGGUAUACCGAACAGACCAGAUAUGCGACCGUCACCACGCGCACCUAAUCCCCCAAUGCGCACUUGGUCUGCGGGAACGCUUGAUCUUCCCAUGCGGACCGAGACUCACGGCAAUUUGGGACGACUUGAACCUCCUCGGGAUAAGCGUCGUUCUGUAACUGGGGGCAUCAUACGGCGUGAAUCUGUAGGCAUGAUUGAUGCACAGGGCAAUGAGCUAUCUGGUAGCUCAAGUCGUGACAGCGGUCCCAUGGUUUCCAAGUGGGAACAGUUGAAUCUUGCGCCAGAUUUACUUCGUUCUCUCAGCAAAUUUGGCAUUGGCCCUCCUAACAAAAUUCAGCAACGCGCACUUCCAUUUCUUCUGCGAGGUGCAGACAUCAUUGCGCAAGCUCCACCCACUCAAGAGCGGAUUGCGGCAUAUGUGAUACCCGCUAUUCAGGUAGCUGUGAUAAAUACCGCCGGACGCCCCCUUACCAGGGGACCUCUAGUAAUCAUGAUAUCUACCACGGUCGACCAAGCUACCCAGGCUCAGCGUAUGAUUCGUGACCUCGGGGGUCCGAUUGGCAUUAGAUCUGCGCUAGGCGUUGGCACAUCCACAUCGCCUAGUGACCUUAGCCAGGAGCUACGCCUUCUGCAGCAGAACAUGCCCCACAUCAUUUGUGGGACCCCACAGAAGUUACAUGCCCUUUUCACUGCCUCCGGAGGUCUCGUCGGAUCUGAAGUCCGCUUCCUUGUUCUUGACGAGGUUGAUCAACUGAUUGCCCGCAACUUACACGAGUUUGUCUUCAACAUAGUGAAGCUUCUUCCUCCGCCAAGGUCUCGACCUGUUGGAAAUGACGCAGGUUCUCUGCGAUUUCUCCAGCCUCCUUCGAAUGAGCAUACUACCGGCUCGUCGAACAUUAUUGAACGACAGACUGCACUGUUUUCCAAUACUGUGCCGCAGGAUGUGCUCAAUCUAGCUACGGCUAUCCAACUCAAGGAGCCUGUGCGCGUUCUAGUCCGCCGUGAUGGAAAUGUUACCAGCACCGAGUCCGCUCAAGGGUCUCGUGGUCUUAGGCAAUUUUACCUUUAUCUUGCUUUCACCGCUGGUGUUCGAACAGACACAAGUAAUCCUGCUGCACCGGGUGGUGGACACGGCAUCAUUGGUUCGGGCCGCGGGGCAUCUAGUGCUGAAAGUGCUCAAGCUCGCGAGUGGAAACUUGACGCGUUGGCAGAUAUAUUUGAUGACGUCGAGGUCAGCCAGGCGAUUGUGCAUGUUGGUGGCAUGACAUCUUUGGAAUCAGUUAUCCACAAGCUUGCCAGCCGCGGGCUUGAAGCUGUACCUCUUCACGGUGACAUGAACGCAGGCACAAAGCUGGCAGCGCUGAACAAGUUCAAAAGUUCAGCUUCAGUUAUGAUGAGAGAGCCUGUGACGAAAGUGUUGGUUGUGAAUGAUGUGCAGGUGAAGACCCCAGAAGUGUCUCACGUCCCUCUGAUCAUCAACUAUGACCUUCCUAAAGCUGUAGAGGAGUACGCGCAUCGCGUUGCUCCAGCCAUUGCUUCCAAUUAUGCACGAGCUGGUGUUGUAGUGAACUUUGUCACUGCGACUGGGGGUGAUGUUGAAAUGCUUCGCUCUAUUGAAUGUUUUUACAAAAUUAAAUGCCCUGAAGUCCCACUGAGCCUUCGCGAUGUCAUCUAA